AUGGGGAACACCGUCACCUGCUGCGUCUCUCCCGGCGCCAGCCCCAAGCUCGGCCGGGUCCGCGGCUCGGCGCUGAGGGCGGCGUCCGCCGGAGGGGGCGGCGGGGGCGCCGGGAGCGGGGCGGCGGCGGCGGCGGCCGUGGGGCUCGAGCGGAGGGCGGGCAACUACCGGGAGGUCACUGAGGCCGAGUCGGGGGACUCGGAUCCCGGCGGGGGCGGACCCCACCUGCAGCACAUCAGCGACCGCGAGUUCCCGGAUGGUGAGUGAGGGAGAGGGGCGGGGGAGGGCGAGGAACCCCCAGGGGGGGCUGAGGAAGUUUGGGGGGGGGCGUGGAAGUGAAGCCUCUUUCGUUCCGUGGCUUCUCCGUGUUGCCCCUGGAGCCUUCGGAAUGACCCUUACUCGGAAGUAGGUCCAGCUUUGAUCAGCAAGGCUGUUACAGGGGUACCUCAGGUUACAUACGCUUCAGGUUACAUACGCUUCAGGUUACAGACUCCGCUAACCCAGAAGUAGUGCUUCAGGUUAAGAACUUUGCUUCAGGAUGAGAACAGAAAUUGUGCAGCGGCGGUACAGCGGCAGCAGCGGGAGGCCCCAUUAGCUAAAGUGGUGCUUCAGGUUAAGAACAGGACCUCCGGAACGCAUUAAGUACUUAACCCGAGGUACGACUGUAUUUCCAAAUCCCCGCUGGGUGAGAUCCCUACAGCCUUUCUCAAACUCCGGUCCCCAGAUGUGUUGGGACUACAACUCCCAUCAGCCCUAAGGAUGGCUCGCAAAAUUUAAGUUGGAAGGGACCUCAGGGUCAAUCUAAUCACCAGCCUUCUGGUUAGUAGCCAGAUUAACCCAUCCUGCAAGGAAGAGGGCACAGAGUGUUUCACGUGCCUGUGAUAGCAUAGUUCUUGCGCCCCGUGUUUGAAAUUAGCGAAGCACAUUUUGCACCUGACUACAGUGGUACCUCGGGUUACAUACGCUUCAGGCUACAGACUCCAGUAUCACAGAAAUAGUGCUUCAGGUUAAGAACAGUUUCAGGUUAAGUACGGACCUCCGGAACGAAUUAAGUACUUAACCCGAGGUACCACUGUAUUGGUCACUUGCAACCAAGUGAAGGUGCCAGGAUGGCGCCUGACAUGCCAGGGGAUCAUUGGAUCUGGACUGUUUUCACACAUUAAAAUCACAUCCUGUAGAAUACUAACCACUAUAUUUUAUCUGCACAGUCAGAAUGAAUUUCAGGAAGCAAAAUGCUUUUUAUGUGCACCCUGAGUAGGAGCAGUGACCAGUGUUGUAGUUAAUUGUUGUAGCUCGUCUUCAGUUACCCCACCCUGCUCACAGUUGUGAAGAAUAUUCCUACAUUAUGAAUGGUCUGUGUCACCAUUAAGAAAAAGAGGUAGGAAUAGACCAAUAUAUGUGUGGACUGUUCCUGGAUCAAGUGACUUUUCUUCUUUAAGUUCUCAAAGUUCUUAACCUAGCUCAAGGUUGUAAUCACAGAGUGUUUGUUGUGGGGGAGGAAGGGAAAGGAGAAUGUUACCCGCUUUGAGACUCCUUCGGGUAGUGAUAAAGUGGGAUAUCAAAUCCAAAAAUCUGAACUAGCGAGAUGUUUAACUGAUAAUCAAUCACAGCCUGUCCAUCCUUUGAAAAAUAAGGCAAUAAUAAUAAUAAUAAUAAUAAUAAUAAAUUUUAUUUAUACCCCGCCCUCCCCAGCCGAAGCUGGGCUCAGGGCGGCUAACAACAAUUUAGACCCAUCUUGCUCCAAAAUGGCAACAAGACAUUUUGUUUUGGCAACUGCAACCUUGGAUUAAGGAGCCAUUUGGCACCUAGUUUAUACAACUGAGUUUCUGACACUGGUCACAAAGGGUUAACAGCACAAUGUUUAUUUGAGUAACAAUGAAAGCAGAUUCACAGUAAACUGAAAUCUGGGGUGAAUGUAAUUAGAACUAGUAAUCUCCCAAACCUAUUCCUAACUGGCUAAUUCCCUCUCUCAUUUCCUGUCAACUGACCAAAGUUCCCACUACCACCCAAUUAUCAUCCUAUGCCCUUUUCAGCCUCCCCCUCCCCUUCUAACAUUCUAUACUCCCAGUGGAUUUCCUUCCCCUACCCUCAAAGCUCAAACCCAAAAUAUGGUUCAUUACACCAGUUUUGGACUAUCCUGCCCUUGCUAAUCCCUGGCCUGCCUCCUGGACUGGCAGUGAUCAGCACAGAAACUGAUGCUGUCUGUGUGUGAUUUAUGGGUCUGUUUGUCAUUCAGAGAAAUCUCUGUCUGGAAACAAGAUUAAACAGUAUGUCAGAAGAGUAAUAAUGUGAUGAACACUCCUUUAGCUUGUAGUGUAUCACUGAAGGAGGAUGUGAAUGUUUCCGCCUGUACUCUGAACCUUAGAGGUGGGGAAGAUUAAAGAGAAAUUAUUUAUGUUUAUUACUUUCCAAUUCGUCCAUUAACCAGAAUGGCUAACUUCUCAUCAGGCUUGUAAUCCAGUCAUCUCAUGUGCUCUUGGCUGGAUUGAGACAGCAGUUCUAGGUCUUCAUUUUGCUUUUGCACCAUCAAGUUCCCAAUAUUCUGUUCCACUUAAGUGUCACCAAGGGAUGAAUCCAGGUUCAAGGUGUACAGAUAGGAGCACUGUUUGUGCCUACAGUGGUGCCUCGCAAGACGAAAUUAAUUCGUUCCGCGAGUUUUUUCGUCUUGCGAGUUUUUUCGUCUUGCGAAGCACGGUUUCAUUUUUUUCAAAAAAAUCUUCAAAAACCUCAAAAAAGGCUACCACACCGCGUGCUAUGAGUUGCUCCCGAAGUCAAGUCGCAACUGCACCUCUUCAAGCAAUGCACCCUGUAUUACUGUAACGGUUUUAAGAAAAGGAAACAAACUUGCAAGACGUUUCCGUCUUGCGAAGCAAGCCCAUAGGGAAAUUCGUCUCGCGAAGCAACUCAAAAAACGAAAAACUCUUUCGUCUUGCGAGUUUUUCGUCUUGAGAGGCAUUCGUCUUGCGAGGUACCACUGUACUUGAAGACUUGGAGUCUAAAUGCAAAGCUGAGAAGGAGUAGCUUAAUUCCAAGUGAGAAGUGGGAAUGCAGAAUAGCUCAGAAGUGGAGUACUUCACUGCUGAAUUUAAUGGGAAAGUAGUCAUUGCUACUUGGGGGGAAAUGGGUGUGGAUAACCCUUCUGUUUCCCUCAGAAGAUAGGCAGUAGUUGCUGAAGAGGAACAAUGGAAAAGAUUGAUAAUAAAAGUGCCUGUAAAAGAAGAGAUGACCUGGUGGGUUGGUCUUGUAGUCCUUGUUCCUGUUGUGUUUCCUUCUGGUAGCAGUUCCCAAUUACAGGAGUGCCACCCCCAUUUAUUUUUCAAAUAUAUGAUGUUUGUUUACUUCAUUAAAACCAUUGUGGGUUUAUUAUGUAGGGUCUCUGGCCUACUCCCCUAUAAUUCCAGAACUGGUAGUAGAUAGCUGUGUUUUGAAAACUUUUCUUGCUGUUUUUCUUAGUAUCAGCCAUGUUUUUUGUUGUCUUCAUGGAGAUUUUUUGCUGUGUCUGAUAGGUUGAAACAGUACCUUUUCCAAUACUGGGGCUGUUUAGAAAAGCUAAAUGGCAGCAGCUCUCAUUGCACACAGGCUGCAUAGUGUUGCUGCUUGUCUUUCAAACGUCCAGUUUAUGGUCAUCUGUUCAUCUUUCUUCCAAAAGCUAUCUUAUAGAGAGAGCUGCAAUCCAGCCUCAAAGUUAGUGUUCACUCUUCUCUCAUGAUCUUCUAGUAAGUGAUGCAUUGAGAGCAGUUGGAUAAUUUUUAUACAGUAUACAACCAUAUAGUAUAACUUGGCCCCAGAUGAGCAACAGCACAAGCACAACACUUUUCCAGAGUGAUCUGGCCAUUUUGUGGAGUUAUAUACUGUAUACACUUCCACUUCUUGGCAUAUAAUCUUGGGGGGUAGACUUUAACAUUUGUGUAUAUUUUACUAAUCUGGCAAAGCAUCUUUGGACUAGAUUGAAGUAGUUUGUACUCCAGUAUGAAAGAAGGGAUUCAGAUCUCAACUAGAGGAUCUGGGCAACUCUUGGAGAAAUCUAACCCUUCUCCCCUACUUCCCUGGCAAUUCCUUUGAACGUGACCUGUUUACUUUAACAAGAAACUGCCUUUGUAUUAAGGAUUGGAACUGCAGUUGUGAUGGCAUCUUCCUAUAAUGAUGUUUGGAAGCAAAAUAUGCAAUGUAAGCAAAUACAUUCCAUCUUAAAUUUGUAUAAUGCAUACCAAUCCCAGAACUUAUUUCUUGAUGGGGACACUUGAUACCUUUUUAAAACCAAGACAUGCUGCUUGUAAUAACUAAUAUGUAGUUAUGAAUUGUGAUACAAAAGUUAUGUUCAGAGUGCAAGUGGCAAGACACGUUUGAGUGUCUUAACCGCUGAAUUUUCUAUGUGUUUAUUGGAAGGAAGGAAAAGGGUGGUGGAACAAUGGAAUUCUGGAGGCUAACUUAAAAAUGACAUAAUAUAGCUGGACAAUGGCAAGCUAUAUCCAGACCAACAGGAAGUUAAGUUACAGCAGUAAAGUCAGACAUUGGCAGCCCACCCCCACCCAGCUCUUGUUCCAUGCGGGUUUCCUGGAAAAAAAACUUAAGUUAUGUUUGCUUCCUGAACCAAAGGAAUAAUACUAAAAUUAGUUGUACCUAUCAAAGAGUACUUUAACAUGGGAAAAUAUUUAGCUGUCUUACUCAGUUAUAGCAGCUUUCUGAUUUGUGAACAAUCUUAUUGGUUAAUCUUCUUGAUUGAUUGGUUGGAAAUCUAGUAAGUGAAGAAUGAUAAAUGUGGCCCAAUUCUUCAAAUGAUGGUUAUCCAUCUGUGUGGUUGCCUUGCUGUAUGAGUUUUUUUGACUGUCAUAAUGGCACAAACAAUAAUUUCUUCGUUCUGUUUCAGAAAAAGUGCAGUGGGGGCUUCAGUAAAUUUUUAUUGUUAAUAUUUUAGUUUUACCUCUGUUUUCCAAGGUGCUUAAGGCAAUGAACAACACUUAGGUCAAUUUAGUUUCAUACUAAAUAAUAACAUUAAAAACCAAUAAUCAGGAGAAUCGUAAUAUACAGUUAGCAACAUAAAAUUCCAUAAAUACCUGGAUAAAAAUUACAGUCUCAGAAACUUCUAAAUGCAGUAAUAAUAGCAGCAGAGAAAAGCAGGAGCAAUAAAAAGGAGCAAUAAAAACAGAUAAAAUUAAACUACAAUAUUGUUAGAAAAGGGAAAGCACUCCUUGUUAAAAUUUGCAAGUGUACAACUCUGCAAAACAGUAUGGGUGAAGAAAGGGGAAGCAAACCUAACACUUCACAGUUACCUUCAAAGUAUUCAGAAGGGUUAAUGCUUAGUGCUGAGCAGCUUUUUCUUCUGGAGUAGCUGUGACAAGUCUAGGAGUGAAACAGGCUACAGCUUGCUCUUGCAACAGAGCAGACGUGAACAAACACCAGGCCUUUCUCACAAGGCACCUCUCAGAGGAAAGGAUCUGCAAUACUAUCAGUUCCAGCUCGAAAAUAUAAAAUUACAUGUGGGCUUUAGGCCCAGUUUUAGAAGGGUUGUCCUGUGGGAUGAAAUAUGUGGUAGUAGUAAGGAGCAAGAGGAAUAUAACUGUGUUGAUUCCUUUGGACCUCUAGGCAGCUUUAAACAUUGGCAUCCUUCUGGUUAGACUAUUUUGAGUUGGAAGAAUUGCAUUGCGGUGGCUCCACUCUUGCUUGGAUGGUUGAGGCCCUGGUGGCAUUGAGGGGGUUAUUGCUCUGCUCCUUGGCAAGUAUGUUAUGGGGUCCCACAGGGUUCUUAAAUUAUCUCCCAUACUGUUUACCAUACUGGGACUCUAGGUACGCCUCUGGCCCUCCUCAGAAAGACUUGCCUGCGCAAGUGCUCAAGUCAUCCUUUUGAUGCCAGGGUUUAUAUUUUCCUUUAUAUUUUUAUACAAAAUUCAUUAGAUCUUUUAUUGUGUUUUAAUGCUAGUGUUAUGACUUGCUGCCGGUGGUUUAUCACUUCUUUUACUGUGAUUAUUUGUCUUUGUCUUGUUGCUUGUUUUUAAUUAAUAUUUGGGCAGAGGCUAUUAUUUAAAGAAGCUGAUCUUCCUACAAUCCUACACACAUUAAAGUAAAUCCUACUGAAGCCAGUGAGACUUGCUGAUGAAAUAUGCAUAAAAUCCAACUGUAAGAGACCUAAGAAAAGACAGACAAAAUGGAAAUGGCAGGGAAUACAAUACACUUUCCUUGUUCAUGAGAAUGAUGGGCAACUAAACUUACAAUAUACAGUGGUACCUAAGGUUACAUACGCUUCAGGUUACAUAUGCUUCAGGUUACAGACUCCACUAAUCCAGAAAUAUUACCUCGGGUUAAGAACUUUGCUUCAGGAUGAGAACAGAAAUCGUGCAGUGGCAGCGCAGCGGCAGCAGGAGGCCCCAUUAGCUAAAGUGGUACUUCAGGUUAAGAACAGUUUCAGGUUAAGAACAGACCUCCAGAACGAAUUAAGUUCUUAACCCGAGGUACCCCUGUACAGGCAUAGCUCACUUCAUUGCGCGUUGCAGAUAUUGUUACCUUAUGAGGACACGGGUGCAGCUGCAGGCAGCCUUACCAUUCCCAGGGGAAGGAAGCCCCCUACCACCACUGCCCCCCUUCUGGUUAUGAGAGUGGAGCCGGCUUGGGCUGAGCCGGGGUUUGGCCCCCCACCCAUGUAGCCAAGGUGGCCUGGCUUAAUAGACUACUACAGUAUAGUGUAAACAUAACUUUUAUAUGUACUGAGAAACAAAAAAAUAUGGUAUGACUCACUUUAUUGCAAUACUUGCUUUAUUAUGGUGUUCUGCUACCAAACCCCCAAUAUCUCUGAUGUACAGUAUGCCUGUAUAAGCAUUUAAUCUCGGUUGGGUUGCCAUUUCACUUUGCUAUCUUCCUGUAAGUCAUGGGGCUCAAGCUAGUCCAAAGCAAAGGACAGCUAGUUUUGCAUAUUCUGUAAAAGUUAGUCUACAAUAUCUAAUAGGAAAAGCAGCUGGUCUUUUGAGUUAUAUCCGAGUCAUUUAAGACGGCUUUUAAAGUCUACAACCAAUUCUGAAAAAUAGUUCAGACAGUUUUAGCCAUCUAAAUCAGGGAUCAGCAACCUUUUUCAGCCGUGGGCCAGUCCACCGUCCCUCAGACCAUGUGGUGGGCUGGGCUAUAUUUUGAAAAGAAAAGAAAAAAAAGAACAAAUAACCCACAAAUAACCCAGUGAUUCAUUUUAAAUAAAAGCACACAUUCUAUUCAUGUAAAAACACGCUGAUUCCCGGACCAUCCACGGGCCGGAUUGAGAAGGCGAUUGGACCCCCAGUCCUUAGGUUGCCUACCCCUGAUCUAAAUGUUUUUGGAAAGCGCAGCUGGGUUUUUAAUUCAGGGGACCUUUUUUUCAUUUGGUUUUGCUUUCUUCCUUAGGGCUAGAAAAUAUGUGGCUGAAGUUCUAUAAUGUCUUUAGAAUUUGGGAGCUAUUACUCCAGAGGAUGGAUAAAAAUCAUUGGCUUGUCUUAAAUUUGGUUACAAAACAGUGGGAAAAGACAUGCAUGUUUGGGUUAAGCAUUAUAAAUGUCAUAAUAGGCCAUGUGUUGUUUUAUAGCAAAUCAUGAAUACUUAUGACUCUAUGAACCAAACAUUUUGGAUGCUUCUUCAGUGAGAUCGAAAGUAAAUGCCUUUUGUUGUGUAACUUCUACCCCAGUUUCCAGAAAGUUAGGGUGCUUAGGACAGGAUUAUAAAAUGGGCUUGAACACAUCCAGUGGCUUGAUUUAAAUCUGUGGUUUUAACUUGCUUAAGUAAAGAUUAAUUUAAAUCAAUUUCCCCAUUGUCUAAAACAUACUUCCUGAACAGCCAUACCCACUACUUGGUUGCUAUGGCAGUUAAAACACUUCAAUUAAAUAAAGCCUUUAUACUACCUAGAAGCAUAAUCCGAAACCUUUGGUCAUGCAGCAUGCAUUCUUUGUACACUCCACAAUUGUAUCUCUUUUAAAAACAAGGGAAGUGAUUGUGAAGCUACUGGAUUUUUGUCUGGCUGUGUUCACAUGGCAGCAUCACUCACCUGAAGACAAGAGCCACAAUCCAGUACAGAAUUAAAUACAUUAGAUUGUGGCCUAGGUCUUCAGAAUUUUCCAGAAGAAACUGGACCAGUGUUCUUGCACAUUAGAUAGAAAGUGGAUGUCUUUCUUUUUAGUUGAUAGUUACAAAUGUCAAUCAUUUCUUCAACAAUAAAUGUGUUCCAUUGUAUCAUAAUUAUAAGGUGUCAGAUUUUUUCCAGGCAAUAUUUAUUUUCACACUGAUUCUGUAAGUGUUUGUGAGUGUGCAUCAUAAUUGGGCUUUAAGAACUGUAGAAUUUAACAUGCUUUAUUACAUUACACAUUUUAUUUCAAAUCAAGCUAUCUUCAGAAGUGAAACAACAUUAUUUAAAAUUACAAAUCCAUCUUAAAACAAAAAUGCAGUGAAAUAAAUGGGUUUGGCACCCUAUGGCAAGCCUUUUAGAAGCUUUUUAUUAUAAAAUGUGAUAAGAUUUGGCAGCAGCUUACGACAGCAGAAGCUGCAUUGGAACUAAGAAAAGUAAUUCAGGGAAGUUGUUAAAAACCGACCAACUUUAAAAUAUUAGUAUUUGUUAUGUAGAACCUUUAUAAUCUGAGCUGGUUCACAUGGUAUGCUAAGCUACGAAGUACAGGCAAUACCUGAUUCAGUCAUGACAGCCAGAUAGGUGGCUGUGCAACAAACUUUAGCUGUAGCUCAUGGUUAGUGAGGACCCGCUUACCUGAAAGAAACCCCAUUAAAUUCAGUAGGACUUCUGAGUCGAUAUCAUUACGUUGUUAGUGUCCUUGCAUGUCUGCAUGGAGCGAAAUGGAAAUUAACUUCUACAUAUGUGCAGUCCACCUUCUGAGCUUACAUGUACUACGAACUGAUCUUCCUUUAAGUUUCAUAAUAAUAAUUCUGUGUGUUUUCAUAUGCAAAUCUGUGUUUCUCUGUACAGUACUUUUAAAAAAUCAAGUUCCUGUAAAUCGUGAAUUGCAUGAGGUAUGCAGGCUGUAUCAGUAGAGGUUUGGGAUUUAGCUUCUACUUCAUUGUAAAUCAAAAUUACUCUGAUGUAAUUGUAUACUAACCAAAUGAGUGAAUGGAAAGCUUGACUUAAACCAAUAACUGUUUCCUCUCUUUUGGUGUCUUAAAUUAAUUUCCUAACCCUCGCCCCCAUUCUGAUGGGAGGUUUGAUGUAGAACUUUCAAUAUUUUAAUGACUGUUUCUACACAUGACCUCUUUUUAAUUCAGGUGUAAGGCAGCAGUGCCAUUUCAUCUGUUCCCUGAAGGACUAUGUAGAUUAGCAAACUGUCUGAAAGUAUUUCACCGUUACUGGUACUUAUAAGUGCUUUUGCCCUUACUUUGCAUGGACAAUGGAGUCAUCCAUCAGUGUCCUGCUGAAUGGCCAGGGAGGAAAUCUAAGUCAAUCCAAAGCAGAUGAUUAUAUGAACUAAUAGCUUGCUUUUGUGCUGCAUGAGAUUGUUAGUCAGGAUGGAGAAGGCAAUACUUUAGUUCCCUAUUGUAAUAGGACUUUGCUUGUUAUUCAGGAACCUGAUGUUCAAGGACCUACCAUUUGUAGUCAGUUCAGAGACAGAAGAAUUAAAGAGAUGGAGCUUUUCCUGAAACAUACCACUUCAGGUGGUGCAGUUGCAUAUUUCAGUGGCCCCUUUCUCUACCAUUCACUGAGGCCCAACUUAAACAGGAUGCAGGACAUAGGUUUAGCACUUGCGUGUCUCCAAUCACGCCAGUCAUUUUCAGAGUGUUGGCUUCUUCACGUGUUACAUUAGCAGGUCAAUGAUUAGCGGCCAAGGCAGACACACAGUUUAUGUUCCAACACUAUAUGCAAAUAGGCAAACAAACAUGCUGCGUGUGUGGAAACAUGACAGGGUAUAUGGGGAAUGUUCCAACUCCACAAUGCUAGGACAGAAAUGUAACAAUGUCAUUCAUGCAUUUGCUAUCCAACCUCAGCUCAGAAUUAUGCAAGGAUAUCCUGUAUUGCAGGGGGUGAUUCCUGCGUUGCAAGGGGUUGGCCUAGUGGACCCUCAGGGUCCCUUCCAACUCUAUGAUUUAUGAUUAUAGCCAUGUUAGUAUGUCUAAGAGAGAACCUGCAGUGCCUUAGAGAGGAAAUUGUCUCACUGCAGCAUAAACUUUCACUGUCAGCCGUCCAAAGGCAUACCAGUAUGUCUACAAUUUAAAUCCCUUGGAGCAGCUGUUCCUCCUUGGCAGAGACUUGGGCCAUGCUGCUGAAGAUUCCCCUCUGGUAAACUGCAGUGUAUUCUGUUAAUCUGCAGCACAUGUGGUUCCUUUGUAUUUAAGUCCGUCCGUAAAAUUACUGCUGAAGUAUAAGUGAAUCCUGUGUCUAUAUAGCAUAGGUCAUUUUGUGGCCAACUAUCUUUGCAAGCGUGCCAGAAAUCAAGACCCAAGUGCGAGAGUCACUCUGGCACACACUGUAACACAUAAAACAGCUGCUACACAUUUGUGGUAUGUUUUUGCCUCUAGAGAACUGGGCUGGGGGAAAGGCAGCUAGGUAGGGUAGGGAAGGUACUUAUAUAUAUUAAAAAGCUACAAUAGUGUAUUCAUUAUUUUCUAAAGUUAAGACUUAAAAAGUAAUCCUGACCUGAGAUGACCUCAUAGUAUCCGAAAUGCCUUGUGGUGGGUUCCCCCCACCCCAGUAUCCUUUAUAUGAAUUUCUUAACAGUUUCAGUAUUUACAUGCUUUCUGGUGACUCAUGUCUCUUAGAAGUAAAUCCAACGUCAAUGAUCUAAGUGUAAAAUAAUGUGUUUUAAUGUAUGUUUCCCAUUCAUACUUGGAAAGUGUUCUUAACCAACUUCUUGAAAUUCUUGGGGACUGCCUGUAGAUUUUUAAAGGUUUGGCAUAAUUAAAGCUACUUUCUUUGUUUACUCAGAGAGGAAAACUAAACUACUGAUGAACAGCUGGGUGCUUUUAGGAAGCCAUCUAGCAUUAGUCUAGCUUGUCCACACUAUGUACUUGAAACAGCCAAUCUAGCAUGGCAAUAUUAGAAAUUCAAAUACAUAAUCUAAUCGCCAAAUGGCACUUUAAACCUAGGUUGCACUCGCCACAACAGAAUGUCUAGGUGCUCUUUUUUUCAGCAAUGGGAUUUAUUAUUAACACAUUCAGUCUCCAAGGAAGAUAUAUCAGAAGUGACAUUUUGCUUUAACCAGCCACCAACUUAGUAUCCAGAGAUCUCCACAUGGUGGCUAUUGGACCCGCACCAGUCACAAAAUGCACCUGGCUAAUUUCUAACACUGGGCAAUAUUAUAUAUGGGCAGUGUUAUAUAUGUAAUGAGGGCUGCUCAUGCAGAAGAUCUGAUGGUCUAGCACAUGGUGUCACUAUGGUAUCGCAUGAUUGACUAGUGGGUUGCCCCAUCCACAUGUCGAAAUCCCUUGCACUUGUGCAAGUGAUUUCACAAUGCUCUUUGCAGUAGUCUCUUCCCAUCUCUUUUAAAGAUUGCUACAGCAAUCUUCAAAGGCGCAGGGGAGACUACUGCAAAGAAUGCUCAGCACAUGCUUUCCAACAGUCUCUUGCCCCCCACUUUAAAGAUUGCUCUGGUGCUCUUUAAAGGGGGGGGAGCGCUUUCAAAGAGUGCUGCAAAGCAAGUGCCUGUUUCUUCAUCGUUGUGUGACAGAACAGUUUCUGUCAGAGCCUGUAUCUAAAGCAGACAUUGGUUCUAGCAAUGAAAACUGCAUGCUGGGUUUUUUUAAAAUACCCCUCCCCAAAAUAUGUUGAUCUUCUUCAAAGGUUGAAACAGUCGGCAUGGAGCAGACUUUCCAAGAACAUCCUGUCCGUUAGUUGAUGUCACCAGUGACAUCAGCUGAUGGGCAGGUGGUUUAGAAAAAUGGCAGACACAGAUUGGCCCAUUGGCCAGAGUUCCCCACCCCUGAUCUAUUCAGAGCAGACUGAUGACUCGGACUUUAAAUCCAACUGAAUGGGGUAAAUACCAGUUCAGUGUGCUCAACAUUAGUGUGGUAGCACUUUGUUGAUUAUUAUGAACUACUGUAUGAAUCUUUUUUUUAUUAUUAUUAUUAUUCAAAGAUACGGUUCUUCUAGUGUUUGAAUGUAUGAAAAUGUACUAUAUAGAUACUAAUUAUGUAACUGUUGGGAAGUAUGGGAUAGGUAGGAUGUCUAGGAGUAAGUUCACUUUUCUUGGAAUGUAGAUGUGUUUCCCAAAAUAAUUUCAAACCUAGGAGUAGCAUCCCUUCUGUUUCUUUGUUUCAGAUUUAGCAUUGGAGUCAAAUCCAUCUGACCAUCCUAGAGCAAGCACAAUUUUCUUGAGCAAAUCCCAAACAGAUGGUAAGCUAUCUUUUGCUCUCUUAAAACGAAGGAGGGGAGGGACAUGAUAGAGUGGAUGGAUUUUGAUUGAGAAAUGCCUCUGUCUCUGUCUCCUUCCACUUCCGUCAAAAUACUGACUCUACAUCAACAUUUUUAGCUGCUCUUCAUAGCCAUUUUCCAAGGCAUUUAAAAAUAAGCUUUUAAUUCAUCCAUUCUUUUGAAACACUUGCUACUCAUUAGAAUGAAUAGGAAUGAUUGCAUUUCUUAUUUAGGAAUGGUUUAGGAUGGUUGUCCUAUGACCAGUGCUUGGGAAAAAAAUCUACUUAGGUUUAUCCUGGCAGAGUGUGUGCCUUAUAGCUUGAAGCUCAGUAGCUUUAGAUAACACAACUCGUAACAGCAUUUAUUUUUGUAAUCACAUGUUCUUCGUGGUAUAAAAUUUCAGUGCAGUUGGAUUAGCUCAAACUUAGCAAGUAAAUGCUUAAAGCAGUGCUCUCUAGUGAUGAAAUACCAAGAGUCUUGAAUGCAUUUUCCCUCAUAGGAUGAACUGCUGCAAUAACUCCCUAGCCUUUGCAGAGCAGAAGGUUCUGUUGCUUUGAGUGGCACUAACUCUGUGUAAACCUUUCUUGUAUUGGGAGUAAAUGUUAGGUUUCCCAAAAAAGCAGCAUAAAGUUAAGUUGACACACCCUGGAAGUGAUAAACUGUGCUCAGCUGAAAACUGAAUUAUUGUCGGAUAAACCUUGGGUGGUAUUUGUUGGGUUUGAAUGUAUACUCCUAGCAAUUAAACAGAUUGCAUUCUAAAAUACAGAAUGUAUUUAGAAGUUGAAGCAUUCAUUAAUAAAACUGUUCACUCCCUUUUCAGUGAGAGAGAAGAGGAAAAGCAACCACAUCAACCAUGUAAGUACAUCUAGUAAAAGAAAGGUGUAAGCAAAAGCCCAGCUAGUUACAUGCAGGAAAUGGCAGCAGUGAGCUUAAGAGUUUCACUCCUUACUAUUCCAACAGCUUACUUCAAACGUUUAAACCAUUCACUGCAUAUUUAAGUUCCUGCAUUGCAGGGGGUUGGACUAGAUGACCCUUGGGGGCAUUUCCAACUCUGCAAUUCUAUGAUUCUUAAGUUUCCUUUUUCCAUAGCACAGUAGAACACAAUCCUAGCUGGUGUUGUUGACUGCACAAUGUCUCAGUCUAAGCACUCAUGUGAUAUAAUUGUUUCAAGUGCAAAAGCAUAUUUAAUAAGUGAGCAUGAAAUUUGUCUCCCACAUGGCUAAUGCUAUAAUGAAGAAGGAGCAUUAAUGUGUGCUUCAGUGGGAGCUACAGAAGAGGGUCACCUGUGACUAAUGGGAUUAGUGGUGAUUAAUCCAUUCAGCAUGUCACUUCCAUAUUUUUUUGCCUGCUCUGUGUUUCCGUUUCCCUUCUGUUUCAGAAACACUUUGCAGCCAAAGUAGAAUGGGAGUAAACUCUUAAGCAGAAGGUAGUUCAUGUUUAAUUUCCGUUGAACAGCCUGUUUAACAGCCAGUUGCUGGAAUUCCUGCAGAGUACAGGACUGGGUGGGCCUCAGUCUGAACAUUGCAUCUUCAGGAACAGUGGAUUUUUUCUGAAUUACUUAAGACAGAUUAGUUAUAUUUUAAAUGUUAAGAUCCUGAGGAUGUGCUUUGUUUGUUUAAACAACCCACAGGGAUUCUAGUACAGUAACAACAAAAUAUUCUGCAAAACAGAGUUCACCCCUGCCUUAAGAUAUCUGCUACCAACUUUCACACACUUUCCUAGAAUUGUUUGGUGGGAUGAGUAGCUUUUUGAUGUUCAUAGCUUAUAACUGUCAAAGUAUAAUAUUGAUGGCACACGGUUGUGUAAUGUAAUGUGCUCAUGCUCACUCUCCUAGGGUUGCCAUAUUCCCAAAAGUGAAAAUCCAGACAGAGUUGUUGAGCUUUAGUUGCUGUUUUUUCCCUGAUUCUGCAAAAAAAAAUUCCUGAAAAUGCCUGGAUGUAUCCAGGAAAAUCUGGUUGUAUGGCAGCCCUAGGCUCUUUUCCCAAAAACUAAACACAAUUAAUCAUUGGCUUUAAAUGGGGGAACAUCUGUAGCCUAAGUAACCCAGAAUACCUUCCUUGAGCUUCAGCAGAGUCGUUUAGCUUCUCUAUGACACACUGCUGGCACAUGUUCUUCUCCUCAACUUUAAACAUGUCAUUUCUUGUGUAUUCUCCCCUGCUAUUUACAAUAAUAGCCACAAGGGAGUCCAGACCUGGAGAAGGACUUGCGAUGGGCGGCUGGUGUGUGUGUGUGUGAGAGAGAGAGAGAGAGAUUCUCUUCUGUGCCAUUUAAGUAUUUUUCUCUAAUGUAUCUUUGCUUUCUUUAAUAGCAUUUUAAUGCAUAAUUCUUAAAUAUGCAGGUUUGGAUGUGGGUGCUUACUGUAAACCCAUAAAUAGUUGUAUUGGAAACCAUUUUUAAGAACACUGCUGCUUUCCCCUCCUUCUUACAGGUUUCUCCAGGGCAGCUUACAAAAAAGUAUAGUUCAUGUUCAACAAUAUUUAUUGAUGACAGCACAGUAAGCCAGCCUAAUCUUAGGAGCACAAUAAAAUGGUAAGUACCACUGAGUCUUUAGGGAGAAGAACCAUGUUGAACCAUGAUGAACCAUGUUCACCUCCUCUGGAGAGAUCAGAGGAGUCAGUAUUCUGUCGAACGAGAUCUAGUGAAAGUGAUUGAUUCUGAUUUUUAUAAGUUGAGCAGGAAAGUUUUCUUUGCCCCCAAAGUACACAAAGUAAAAUGCAGCAGUUUUAUGAAACCUUUGCUCUGGUAACAUUCUGUAUAAAACACAGAGUAAAUUGUAGCCUCUUGGGUUGGCCUGCCAUCUAGUGGCAUGAAAUUAUUCCUUAAUUCCUUCAGGGAAAAGUUACCUAAUAAUUAAACUUUUUUUGUAUCUUCAUCUUUCUUGUUUCUCUUAUGUAGACUCCAGAGCUCUCAUACUCCAGCUUCUGUUUUUGCCCUCUCAGAGAAUUGGGUAUAAAAUUAGCUUGUAACUUUAAAAUGUUUAGCUGAUAAAAUAUUGGAGUGCUUGAGACAAUACAGUAAUUAGGAAUUAGGAACACAAAGCCCAGAUUUGCCAUAGAUUGACUCAUGUAAGUCACACAGUGUUUUUAGGCCAUAGAGAGCUGCAGGAGGAAGUUGGAUUCGCAGCUGAAGCUGAGAAGUAGUGGAGAUUUUAAGUACAACAUCAUGCAUCAUUUCAGAUUGACUCAGGGUUGCCAGAAUAGCAGCAAUGAGGGAAGAGUGUUGGAAGUACCCUUCAUUUUCCCCCUUGAAAAUUUAUUUCCCCUUACAAUUAAUUUCCUAUACUGUUGUUUGGCUCAUUGACUUAUUUUUAUCCCUGUCGUAUAAUGAAAUUAUACUAUGGCUUAAAAGUAGAAUGGGGGGGGCACGCUAUAAAUGGAAAAGAGGUUUAUUAAAGAGGACUGUAUACUGUUGAAACUCACCAGCAUUGUAGGGUGAGCUGCUUAAAAUACAGGGCAAGCUGCUUAAGGGAUGAUUCCAUGCAAAUGGAUUUAGCCCAUUUAUAGGUGUGGCCUCUUAAAAGUGGAGCCACCACCACCCCGACACAGUUUCCUCCACCUCGGUAAUAGAAUCUGUGCACCAUGAGCAUAAAUAUUCUCAGGGCUUUCAGACUGGAGCGAGCGAAGAGUUGAUCUUGCACAGUGGAUGUAGGAGGUCGGAGCUUCCCCCUCGGAUUCCUCAGCUGGGCUGUGUGGUGUGGUAUGCCUAAGGAGCCAUGGGCAAUGGUGUUCUGUAGCUGUCAGAGCAUCAGCCUCUUUUGUCUAAUGAACCUUCCGCUACCUCCCACCAGCUGAAUGCAGCGAGGACAACAUCUCAAUCUCUGCACUGGCAGCAUCAAGAUGUGCCCACAGGUCUGCCUAGAGAGAGCAGCGUCCAGUUGCAUGGAAAAGGAGGAGGCACAGUCACUAACCCACCUAUCUUGUCUUACAGCAAAAAAAGAUAAAUGGCCAGAAGAUUUUAGCCUACAUCAUCAGUGUGUUGAUACCCUGUAUCCCUCCUAAUAUUCAGUGUUAUUCAGUAGUCCCCCCUCUAGUGAUAUUUGUGUACCGCUUGGGGUCUCUUGGCCAAGUCAUCUACACAAGCUAAUUCUGUUGGUCAUUUUCUUGCUAAAUAGAUUACAGGUUUAAUCCAGAUGCUCCAUUAUACAAUCCAGUUCCUGGCAUUAUAAAGAUUUUUUUUAGUCUUAGUUCAGGCAACCUUGUAUUAGAGCAUGUUGAAUUUCAACACGUAUAUCUUUAAAUGAGUUCAGUUGAAAAAGGGAAAAAGGAAGAAGCAAAAGUUUCUAAUGUGGUUUUUGUCAUAAAAUCUGUUUUUAUCUCUAACAGCAAUCUUGUAUCAAAAUUAAACUCGUAGAACCACUAACAGUGAAAUGACUUUUCUCUCUCCUCACAGUGUUACAUUAGCAAUAUACUAUCACAUAAAGAACAGGUGAGCACCAUUUAAAACUCUUGUUUUGCAAGUCAUUGCAUUGAUGAUGACUACAGCUAGCCAUUGGUUACUGAAGUAGCUGUAGCUUGUGUGUUUUAUUAAUUGGGGCUCUCAUGUUGGAGAGGCAGUGCUGUUAAGAAUCAAAAAUUUGUUGCGUGAAUAUGAAAUAGCAAGACUUUAAAACGGGCAGGUAUUAGCUACAUUUUUCAUACCUAAGAAAUUGCUGGUGGCUGUAAAGAGCCCUGGGGAAUUGAGAGAGAGAAACAGAUGCACGCACAAACUUACCAAAUUAAGGUCUUGGAAACAAAAAUCAAAGUGCAACAGAUGCGAGUUUUGCAUUCAGUAACUUAAUUUUUAUGCCACCUUCUGUGCAUAAUGACUUCAUAGAUAGGGCUGGGUUGCAAAUGCGUGCUCCUUGUCUCCCCACUUUCUAUGGCUGAUGAUGAGCUACUUCACUGCAGGAGAUUAAUGUUAAAUAUAGCUCUCUGGGGAUGAAGGGAGUCUCUUUGAAGACAGGAGCCACAGUAACAGUCAUAACACAAGCUUUGUAUGGGCUUCUUUGAGGUUUUGCAUCCCUUGCAAUAUAUGCAUAUUGUAAUUUACGGCUAUCGGCUCAAAAUGUGUUUGCAGGAGGAAUGUGUCUUUGCUCCAUAUGGUUUCUUUAGCACCCCAGGUUGUAACUAGAGUUGUCAAAUGGAAGUCUGCUUAUGCAAGGUGUCCGUUGCCCAAUUUCCACUUAGUCCUCCUUUGCACUCCAACCCUUGGUACCACAGCCCACCCCAUUCAGGAGAGUCCUCCGAUUUUUCUGGGGGCACAGGGGGCUAUAGCGAGGAAGAGAUAGGAAAGCUGUGUUCUACUCACACUACUCAAGAUCCGGCCACUGGAUCCACACACAAACACACACCCUUCUGGCCAUAUGCUUACUAUGACUCAUUUGCUCAGACAUCUUGUCUCGCCUUAAUGCAAGUGCUUGCUAAAAACUUCAAAUUUGGCUCAUGCUGAGUAUCUUGGCAUUGAAAACAAGUCUACAAAAGUUAUUGAUUUAGGGGUGUUUGUUUGUUUGUUUGUUUGUUUGUUUGUUGGGUGUGGAUGUUUUGCUUGUUUUGUUUGAUGACACUGCCAGUUUUGUUCCGUGAAACUUGGUUCCCAGGACAGUUUCUUAGACUUCCAACAACUGCAAAGCAUACUGUAAUGCUGCUGUUAAAAGUUUAUUACAGUCAUGCCAAAUGCCUUGGAACUCAUACAUAUUGGCUCCCGGACAAACGAAAGCCGUGUCUUGAUUUUCGAACAGUUCCGGAAGUCGAAUGGACUCCCAGAACGCAUUCUGUUCGAGAACCAAGGUACGACUGUAUAUAGUUUUAUAGCAUUUUUGAGUUAGCAUUUAGUGCACAACAUGGAGGGGAGAGAGUGGGCAAAGGAGCAGAAUGCCACUGUAUUCUGCUCUGGUCAGACCUCACCUGGAGUACUGUGUCCAGUUCUGGGCACCACAGUUCAAGAAGGACACUGACAAACUGGAACGUGUCCAGAGGAGGGCAACCAAAAUGGUCAAAGGCCUGGAAACAAUGCCUUAUGAGGAACGGCUAAGGGAGCUGGGCAUGUUUAGCCUGGAGAAGAGGAGGUUAAGGGGUGAUAUGAUAGCCAUAUUCAAAUAUAUAAAAGGAUGUCAUAUAGAGGAGGGAGAAAGGUUGUUUUCUGCUGCUCCAGAGAAGCGGACACAGAGCAAUGGAUCCAAACUACAAGAAAGAAGAUUCCACCUAAACAUUAGGAAGAACUUCCUGACAGUAAGAGCUGUUUGACAGUGGAAUUUGCUGCCAAGGAGUGUGGUGGAGUCUCCUUCUUUGGAGGUCUUUAAGCAGAGGCUUGACAACCAUAUGUCAGGAGUGAUCUGAUGGAGUUUCCUGCUUGGCAGGGGGUUGGACUCGAUGGCCCUUGUGGUCUAUUCCAACUCUGUGAUUCUAUGAGAUAAAGAACAGGGCAUUGCCAUAUUACCAAUUACAUGGGUAGUCCUCCGCAUCCUAUGAUGUAUUAAAAUGCUUCUUAAAGAAAUGCAAAUGCUUAUCUUUCAAAAAGCUUUACUAACAGCAGUAACAUACAUUCUCCUGUGUUGCAGGGAUUCUGAUAGAUCACUGGAUAUUUUUGAUGAGAAAUCACAUCCACUCACGGUAAAUUUGAUUACCUUAGUUUGACUUGAUUGCUUGAGUGCAUCCCAUAUGAACAGGAAUAAACCCUGAUACCUAGGAAACUGGUGUCUAUUUCAGCUUGCUUAUAAGGAAAGCCAGAUGUUCAGGAAAAUAAGAGAGAUUUCUUGUCUCUUAGCUUCUGUGCAAAGAAACAUUUCAGUCUAUACAAAACUAGAGUGCUAUUUGGCUUCUUAUACUUUAAAAAGUGAUACUGCAGAGUGUAAUCCCUGGCCAAUUGGUCCCGUUCUACAUUCUGGCUGUGGUGAAAGACAGCUGAUACAGGUUUUGUUUUGUUGGAAAAGCAGUGUUAGACUUCUAUAGCUUUGAGCUGGAAUCCAAAGAGGGGUAUUUAUGAAAAAUAUUUACCCAUGCUCAUGAAUCAGUUUCUCCCGUCUGGUGGUAGCUUCUUGAGUCCCCAUAGAAUAUAGUUCUAGAUUGUGUCCCCUAUUUUUUAGAGCAGCUAGGGGGCUCCAGUAGGAAGAGGCCUUUAAGGAACUCCUGUGAGCAUUCAGCCAUUUGGAUUCCAGCCUUUGUAUAUAACCCACUGACCUAUUCAUGCAGGAUAUUUUCACGGUACUAACAGCAUGAUCCUGUGCAUGUUUGCUCAGAAACAAGUCCCGCUGUGUUCAGCUUAACUUUUAAAUUACUUCUGAACUGUGUCCUGUUUCAGCGUGAAGAGGUUCCAGAUGACUACUUUAAACAUGACCCUGAUCACAAGCACAUCUAUCGCUUUGUACGUACCCUGUUUAGUGCAGCGCAGCUGACGGCCGAAUGUGCAAUAGUGACACUGGUAAGCCUUGGUGGUAAGCCCAGUUACCACCAUCUUGCAUUUAAAUUUUGUUUAAAAUCAGGUUUUGUGAGUUAGAUUCAUAAGAGUCAUAGGACUGUAGAGUAGGAAGGGACCCAAAGGGCAUUCGAACCCAACUCCCUGCAAUGCAGGAAUCAGAGAUGGAAUUAAGUAUGUCUCACGUAAUGACUCCUUGUCAUUUUUACCUUGCAGCAGUCAGAACUUGAUACAAGAAAUGCACUAGGCUGAUUGCAGCAGUGUCAAUAAGCUUGCACCUAGGCUGCCUGUUUGAUAACUGUUAGACAAAUCCAUUGCAGAGGUGGGGGGGCCUGUUGCCUUCCAGGUGUUGUUGGACUUUGACUGUCCAUUCGGCAUGCCAGUGGGAACUGGAGUCCACUCACAUGUGAGGCUACUUGAUUCCCCCAUCCCUUCAGUUCUCUUGUGCUGCAGAAAUAGAGGGUAAACGCAUUGGGCUACAUCUUCUGAAUUUGGAAUACUUGUGCAGGUAAGUAGCUGUCUUGUAGCCAGUAAGUCUGUCAUGACUCAGAACUGAGGCCCUGUUUCAGUGUAAGAUUUGCCUCCUCUGCUGUGUUUUUGGAAUGGUUCCUGUGAAGUCCUGCAGGUGAAAAAUUCCACACUGCCUUCAGGAAUCUUUCAGUAAACUAGAACUGCCAGAAAUGGAAUAUUUUGCUUCCAGUGCUUUUCUGUAUUGAAACAAUUCCUGACAGCACUAUGCGUGUGUAAGACUCUAGGAAUUCUUCUGAAAGCAUUCUGUCGUGCAAGAAAGCAACCGUUAAAAAAAUUGGUCACUUAAACAUUAAAAAGUUCAUCUGCCACUAGUUGGCACUGUUUCACCAUGGAAAGGAGCAAAAGUUUUCAGUCAGUUGGGAGUUACCUUUCCCGCCUUCUGUACAUGAUCUUGAAGCUGAAAAUAUGGCAGUGCUGUGUGGUUGCUUGAUUCUAAUGUGUUUUAGCUAAUGGAGUUCAUUUUAAAUUGGUGAAUAAAACGUAUAUGUAGAUGUGUAUCAUGAAUGUACAGUGAGUGUAAACUCUCAAACACUCGUGAAUAGGGAGCAUAUCAGUAAUGAAGUUAGCAGUGAUGUUGAGUACCGUAUUUUUCGCCCUGUAGGACGCACCGUCCCAUAAGGCGCACCUAGUUUUUUGGGGGGGAAAUAAAGGGGGGGAAAUUAUUUCCCCCCCAGGCGCGGGGCUGGGGCGGGGGAAGCUUCCCCCGACCCCAGCCCACAAACAGGCAGCUCUCUGCAAGCCGUGGGAGCCCAGCGCUGGCUCCCGCUGCUUGCUGAGAGGUCCGCGAAGCCUGGACGCGCUGAGCUCAGCGCGCGCAGGCUUCAGCAUGCAGGCAACUCUCCGCAAGCAGCGGGAGCCCAGCGCUGGGCUCCCGCUGCUUGCGGAGAGGUGCGCGAAGCCUGCAUUCGCCCCAUAGGACGCACACACAUUUCCCCUUCAUUUUUGGAGGGGAAAAAGUGCAUCCUGUAGGGCGAAAAAUACGGUAGUUUUGAUUAGUCUUGGUUAAGAAAAAUGCGAAUUCUUAAAAUGUGCAAUCCUUUUUUUAUUCAUCUUCACUUUACAAUACCACCCUUCAUAGUGAGUGCAAUAUGUUUGGUCUGCUUGAAAACAAAAACAUUUCUGGUGAUGUAGAUGGGAGAAGUUGCAGGAAAUCAGACUAAAACUACUCCUUCAGGUGUUUGACUACAUCAUAGAUUUUACUUGAUUGAAACAUUUACUGUGCAUGCCUUAUUAGCCCUAUUCUGGUGUCCUUUGCUCCUGUGUUGAACAACAUGGAAGCAAGGAUCAGGAUCACGCCAAGUAGCCCUGCCCUGGGUUUUGUGUGUUUCUGCUUUGACGGCUUUCUGCUCAGUGCAAACAUCAGUAGCAAGGGGAACCUCACACAUAUAACCCUGAACUGUUACAAAUUCUGGGGAUUCAAGCAUAGUUGUGAAACCUCUUUGCUACAGAUGUGAAUGCUGUGUGCAUGGACAUCAGAGGAGACAUGCACAAUGUUGAGGGCAAAGGGCUAAUCUAAGCAGCCCUGCUUCUCAUUUCCAUGUUGCUCAGUAUGGAAGCAAAGAACACCCAAAGAGGACUCUUGGGUCAUUACAAUCUUAAGAACAGUUUUCUUCAUCUGCAGGUUUACUUGGAAAGACUCUUAACCUAUGCAGAGAUUGACAUUUGCCCAAGUAACUGGAAGAGAAUAGUUCUAGGUGCUAUUCUGCUAGCUUCUAAGGUGUGGGAUGAUCAGGCCGUGUGGAAUGUGGAUUACUGCCAAAUACUGAAGGAUAUUACAGUUGAAGACAUGUAAGUUGCAAGCUUUAGUUAAAUUUGCUCAUCUGUGUCUUAGUCCAGAUAGUUUGAAAAUACACCUUUACUCCAUGAUAUAUUUAGUAUGUAAUAUGCCUUCAACUAAUUCAAAUCAGGUUUUGAAUGGUGUGCAUGUGACUUCUUGUGGUUUUCUUUGUGUAACAGUAGUUCGUGAGCACAAUUUUUAUCAGACCCUGUAAGUUGCAAUGAGCAGUUUGACCCGGGCCUAGUAAUAUGGUGCUUGUUCUUUAAUACUUUUUUUUGGGGGGGGAGACACAAAUCCAAACUUGUUUGGUUUUCACUUUAAUAGAGCUCUGGUCUUGGAAAAAAUGUGAGGACUUCUGCUUCCUAUUCACUAACUUAGGCUGAACAGUGUGGAAUUUCAUUGGUCUUGUUUAUCCGAAUGAGCCACUGGUACAUAGUGCUGGGGAGGAUUCGGUGUUCAUGGUGCAUGUUGGCACCAAUGACAUGGGCAAAUGACAUCCUGGAAGCUAAAUUUAAGUUGCUAGGUUGGAUGCUGAUAGUCUGGACCUCCUUUGGCAUCCAAGGGUCCAACCAUCUCUCUAGACUGUUUCCUGCUACUGAUACAUUUAAAGAAUUUCUUCUUGUUGGUCUUAAUGUUUUCAGCCAUGUGUUCCUCAAAUAAUUUUUUGAAAAUUCCUUACUAUCUGCUUGCAUUUGGGGGAGGGGGGGGUUCGUGUUCCUUUUUGUUUCCAUCAUUUGGACAUGGCUUGAAGGAAGCCGCCUUGCCUCCAAUAGCUUCUUGGACCCUUGCUUGUUAAACAGAACUGGCCAUGAUGGACCAGGAAUGAGACCUUCACAAUAGAUGGCUCGAUGAAGAUGUUGCAGCAGCCAUGAAAAAGGCAAAUUCCCUGCUAGGGAUCAUUAGGAAAGGAAUUGAAAAUAAAGCUGCGGAUAUCAUAAUGCCACUAUAGAAAUCUAUGGUGCGACUGCAUUUAGAAUACUUUGUACAGUUCUUGUCACCUCAUAUCAAAAAGGAUAUUGUGUUGAAAUGAGGGCCUCCAAAAUGAUCAAGGGGAUGGAGCGACUCCCCUGUGAAGAAAGGUUGCCGUGAAUUAAAGUUGCAGGCAUCUGUGAGAACAGAAUGUUAGACUAGAUGGGCUAUUGGCUUGAUCCAGAAGACUCCUCUUAGGGUCUUAAAGAGCCUCAUGCCCAAGACUGUCACCCAGCUCCUCCAGUGCAGCAGCUGAAUUUUGCUUCCAUUAUAGAUUAAGCACAGCUUGUUGUGUUGUCCAAACCUUGGCAAAUUAUGUCAACCUUAACUAUGGCUUCUUAAAACAAUCAGGUUCAAACUUUGGUUGAUCUGAAAUGGAAGUAGAAACUUCUGCAUCCUUUGUGACUACAGCACCAUAUUCACUUAGCUAUGGUUUAGCGUUAUUGUGUUGUGUCUGAAAUUAAUUCUCAAACUUGUAAAAACAGAACACAAAAUAUUCAGAGGUGACCCCCAAAGCGAAAUGUAUUUUUGCUUUUUAAAAAACUAUUUUCCCCUCUUGUAUUUGUAAAUGUUAACUCUGAAUCUUGAGACAAGCAUCUAGGAAGGAGUUGUCCAGCUGCAGCAAGUUGCCCUUUUUCUAGAGUGUGCAUUGAGAAGCAUGACUUUUAAUUUGUGAUAAGAUGCUUAAUGAAAAAGAGAAGUGUUCUAGGCAGAUGAGGGAGUUAAUUGGGUUUCUUAAAAGAUCUGCCUCUUAGUUUAGAGAGGGGGGAAAGAUGUAUAAAGCUGGCCAACAGAAUAAUGCAUCAGAAUUUUCCUCGCACUGCACUUCUGAUUCUGUAACAAGAAAUCUGAAAUGAGGAAAAAGGAAAAUGUUGUUUGUUGAAACCCUUUGCCAUAUAAAUAGCUGCUUUAAUGGAGUGUCUUAAUAAGAGUGGGAAAAACCUCUAGCCACGCAGCUGCUAAUCCUGUAGAUUACAGUGUGCAUAAAAGAGGGGACAUGCUGUUCAUUCUUGGGCUACAUGUGAUAGUAAAUAAAGCAACACAAACACAUGGGGCCUUUUUGCCUUUCCUAGCUUCUAAACCCUUAUUAAUAGACUUGUUAAUCCGGCAAAGUAUUGUAAUUUUUACACAAUUAAAAUGUAUUAGCGAGCUCUGUACAAAAGGGGCAAAUGAAGCCCUGAUCAGCUGAUCAUCCAAACAUUAUCUGAUUUACAUUUCUAUAAGCUUUAUGACCAUAUGAGCAGGAAAUUAAUUCUGGCAGGGGGCUUAAUGGUCCUCCUGUCCAUCCUGCUCGAAGCAGAGCACACAAAGCUCCUAUUCUCAUUGAGACUUGCCAUCUAGAUGAUACAUUCCUCUUUGUUUUCUGUCUCUUCAACUAAAAUGCCAAUAUAAAAAAGAACGAUACUUCUCCUCAUCUCCCCCCACCCUGCAAAUCUUUGUGAGUGAGGAAGAGUUAACAAGAAACUGAAAAUUUGACAUGCAAUUGUGAGUUAUGCAGCUCCCAUUUUUUAUGGGGAAAGCUCUGUUGUCUGGGGUCGAUAGGCAGCUUUUGAUUUGCUCUGAGUUAAUGGGGGUGGGGUGGGUUUUUUGUUUUUGUUUUAACCAGAUUUGCUUGAAACUGGUUUAGAUAUGGUGAUAAAUCUGGGCUGUCUGGGCUGGCAUAAGGCCGCAACUGUUGUCACUGGGAUGUGCCUCUGGGCCUGAAGUUUCGCCUCUCCUCUCCUUUCUACACCUUUGCCUUGCGCUUCCCAUCAUCUCUUGGACCUCUGUGGGGAGUACCAGCAUAUUUCAUUCUACUCUGCAUGCUCAGAAGUACUAGAAAGCCCAGUGCUUUGUUCUGGUUUCUUACACAGCAGCAAACACUUUGGGCAUAGCUUUUUAAAACAUUUUGUCGGUCACAUGAAAAUCAGCCCUUGUUAAUGUUGACAUUUCAUGUGUUCGGGUUUGAAGACAUUUCUUCCCGUCCUUGUGGCAAUGCUAAUUUGGGCUAGGGGAUUAUUCUAUAUUUCAUUAGGAGAUGAGCAAAUGAGUUUAGUGUGCUAAUAGGGUCUUAACACUCUACUGUAUUUUAAAUGUAAAUGCAUAAUAGUGGAAAACGCACACAAUUCUACUGCUUUUGAAUUGGCAAAAAAAAUAGGCACAUUCAAAUAAAUGCAACGUACCGCACAUUGUAAAUCUGUAUUCGACCGAAAGUAGAACCAUGCCUUUUGACGUUUGGACCGAUGGAGAUGUUGCUAUGUAUCAGCUCAUAGUAAGAUUCUGUUUGGGAUAUGAAGCAAGUAUUACUUUUGAGACCCAUUACCGGUUCUGAUUUUUUGCAAGUACUCUUCUAACCAUUCUGAAGAGGUGCUGCCCCGCACCUGAAUCCAUAGGAUAGAUUUCAGUAAAAUAGCAUGUAAGGCAGCCUUUAAAGAAUUCCUCCUCCUGUCUUGUGCUGAUAUAUAUCCUCCCGGGAGUCUCGGGGCGAAGAACUCCUUCGCCUACCUAAUGCUGCUUGCUUGCUUAUUUAUUUAUUGCUGGAGAUGAAUCCAUGUUGCCUCAAGAGGCUUUUUACUCCCAGAUAAUAGCAGCAGCAGCUCUUCAGAGAUCCAUUUGUUGCCGUGGUGAUAUGCCUACUUCUUUUGUUGGUCCGCCUCUACUUCAACAAACCCCCUUCCUGUUAUCAACCUGGUGAAAAUGUCUGCAAGUUCUUCAGAGCUAAUCAACAGCACACAUCAUUCUUUUCAUCUGAUAACUAUAGCGCAGGGUCUUGUAAGAAUGAGAAUGGAGUAUGAAUUGUGUACAGCUGUGCUAAUGGAACUCUAAAGGACAGCGCUUCUAAGUCAGCAAAGUGAGUGCAUGACAGAACAUAACCUUUUCUCCCGAGCUGGAGGUUCCAGAAUUCAAAUUGCAUCUAACAUGAGCACAUUCACUUUGUCCCAUUAAAAAAAUUUAAAAUGUUUCAGAUGCAAUCAACAUUCAUUUUCGGGGGGGGGGGGAUGUUGCUUGCAACACUGAAUAAUAUUAAGAUGCUUAUUUUGUCUGCUUCUGUCAACCCCUUUUACCCUAGGAAUGAAAUGGAAAGACACUUCUUGGAGCUACUGCAGUUCAAUAUCAAUGUUCCUGCCAGUGUUUACGCCAAAUACUACUUUGACCUUCGCUCCUUAGCAGAUGACAACAACCUGAACUUUCUGCUGGAGCCCCUUAGUAAAGAGCGAGCACAGAAACUAGAGGUAAUGGUCCGAGACUUGGUGUGCUGGGUGCUUGGUUUGCGUAACAACAGCUUCUGUCCCUUCUUAAUCACAUUAGUGUGGCUUGCUAAGCUUUUUUGGUUUUGUUUCGUUGGAGGGUUUAACCUCUUAGUUGCAAGAAUCCUUCUUUUUAAAGGUAAUCCUUUCUUAGGAGAAGAGUAAGAAAGAAUGGAAAUGUCAAGAAACCAGACAGAGUUGAUUAAGACAAUUAGGACUCUGUGUGCUGACUGACACAUUCUGUUCAUAAUCGUAUAUUACUACAUACAGUCUUUUAAAAAAAGGUAAAGGGACCCGUGACCAUUAGGUCCAGUCGUGGCCGACUUUGGGGUUGGGGCAUUCAUCUCGUUUAUUGGCCGAGGGAGCCGGCGUACAGCUUCCGGGUCAUGUGGCCAGCAUGACUAAGCCGCUUCUGGCGAACCAGAGCAGUGCAUGGAAACGCCGUUUACCUUCCCUCCGGAGCGGUACCUGCUUAUCUACUUGCACUUUGACGUGCUUUCAAACUGCUAGGUUGGCAGGAGCAGGGACCGAGCAACGGGAGCUCACCCCGUCCUGGGGAUUCGAACCGCCAACCUUCUGAUCGACAAGCCCUAGGCUCAGUGGUUUAACCCACAGCGCCACCCGCAUCCCGUUUACAUACAGUCUUUAAGGUGUCACUAAUGAUACCUGAAGAAAGCAUGGCAGAGCCUCUUCUUGAUCCCUUCACUUUGUUAACUUAGGGAAGAAAAGGACACGUGAAUUACGUUAACUCACACCCACCUGCAGGUUCCAUAUGUCGCAGUCCAUAUGAUGAGCUUGUGUGUGUGUGUGUGUGUGUGUGUGUGUGUGCGCGUGCGUACGUGCAGGCGCCCAGUCCAGUCCUAUGCAUGUCUGAAGUAAGUCCCACUGGGUUCUGUUGGGCUUAUUUCCCAGUAAGUGGAUAUAGGAUUGCAGUCUCAGUGAACUUUGGUUAUCUGCUUCCAAAAGGUGACUUGGCUUUGAGCCUCGAAGAAGAAAGGGUCAACCUGUUGGAAUAAUUUCUGUGUUCCCUUAUACUUGUUCCUGAUGCUAUACCCCUCUCUCUCUCUCUCUCUCUCUCUCUCAGCUGUUUCACUUAUUGUGAGAAAAAAUAUAUAAUUCUAUCCUAGAAAGACAUGCAUGAAUUGUAAGGACUGAAGUGUGUAGUGCAAUUGUUUUUUCUCAACUGCAAUUAUACAAAUUGAAUGUGGUUAUGCUAAGGCUCAGGACACCUUGGUUAUGUGGGGCAUAUCUGACUCCUCCUACCUGGAGGGCUCUCUGUGCAAACAGUGUGCAGAAUAAUCUUCAGUUGGAGGGAAAGAGAAGAUCCCUUCGCAUAUCCAGGACAAUGUGAGCCAGUUUGGAAGUCAAGUAGAAGUUCUGAUGGAGUGGUGUGGCUUCUCAUAUCAGGAUAUAUGUUAUCAAAACAAGAACCUGAAAGGUGUUGAACAUAGUCCCUGCCCACAUAGCUGAAUGCCCAUUGCUUCUCCUGAAGUUGUGAAAAAGAUAUGUAAUGAACUUGGCAAGACAGACUGAACUACAGUUCUGCUUUGGGUGCUAAAAAUCACCUAUACAGAUUAAGCAAAUGUUUCAAAGGGAGUCUGGGUAUUGGUUCAAAUAUACUAAGCAAAUGAAGCUUUACUUGGAAGUGUAUUGAAUGUGCAGCUCUCUAAAGGGACAGUGAAGUUAUUUGCUGAAAAGGAGUGUCUGAAAUCUUCACCAAAUGCAAUUAAAGUGUCCAUUUUCAGGCAGGUGUGGGACGCCUUUAGAUAUUUAUGGAUGCUGCUGCUUAAAGAAUGUUUCCGUUUGAGAAUUGAAAAACCUAGUUAGUAAAUUGGCCUGGAGCCUGCAGAAGAAGCAUUCAGAUCAAUAUGAGCCUAGGUUUGUGGUGGUUGUUUUUUGUCUGCUUCUUCUGAAUCAGUAAAGUGAGAGGUAAUACAAUUAAACAGAUGCUGAGAGAGGGUGCCUGAGAUUCCUGAUUCUCAUCCUACUGAGCUCAUAUUUCUGGCUUGAACAUGUUUUCUAGGCUAUCUCCAGGCUGUGCGAGGACAAAUACAAAGAUUUGUCAAAAGCUGCUAUGAGACGAUCAUUCAGUGCUGAUAACUUAGUUGGGAUCCGCCGUACUAACGCCAUCCUCUCUUGAGCAAGAUGGAAAGCUGCGAUCUUGUGGCGCCAGGAUUCCUAUCGGCCGGGGAUACCACCUCCACUCCAAGCUCACAAGUCAACAGUGAUGGCGUCUUCCAGCCAGCGGACAGGGUGAGCACAGCAAGCCAAGGGAGCCCAGAGCCAGAGGAGCAUGAUUCCAAGUGGAGGGGGGGGGAGAGAUGGAACCUCUUUCCAAUGGUCACACUCCAUUAAAAAUCAAGAGGUUAAAAAACUUUUGAGUCUUCCCCCCUUUUCUCCUCACUGUCCCUCACCCCCCCCAAACCCCCCCCACAGAUGUUUGCUUACUGUGUAGGCCUAUAGCUGUGAACUAUGUGAGUUUUUAAUAAUGACUAGUUUUACAUUUUAGAAUUUGAACAUUAACACGACAGUAGUCGCGACGUUCUUCCCCCUCUCAGUCAUCCAGGACCAGACUGCAGUUGCCUUUCAGUGCAGUGUUAAAUGCUAACACAGUAUAAAACCAGUCUGGGACUAAUGCUACGGCAUUGACCAGUGAAGGGUUCUUCCCUCCCUCCCCUCACCACACAUUUACUAGCAAGACUCUCGAUUCCUACACUGGAGUUCAGUCAAAAGACCAAGGAGCUGCGGAGCAGCAAGCUGCGCUAACUGUUUAAAUGCAAAACCCGACACUUGAGAUGGUCAAGGGACUGGAAACCUUUGGGGGCAGGAGCAGAGAAAUGGUCUUCUGUGUUCACUGAUUUGAAAGCCAGUUGGUCAGGGUCCAUUUCUUGUCAACUAUGGUGCUUCUCACGUUCUUAUACUUCUAGUUGAUCCCUGGGAGAGACGCAGUCUGCCUAAUACACUUUCUUUUGCCUGAAGCGCUGAAUAGAGCUUCAUUGAAAGCUUUGCCUGAACAAAUGUACUGACUUGGCUAUGAACAGACAAUAAGGCUGCUCUGCUAAACUCUUCCACUACAAACAAUGGAUAUGGAGCAAGGUUUUCUUUUGUCCCGUGCUGCCAAAAAGCUUUAAAUUCACAAUGGAGAACUAUUUUGAAGGUGCUGGACGUGUUGAUGAGGGAGGUAUGAUGAUCUUCAGUUCAUAUCAUUACUCUUUUGGAAACACUUUUUUCCCUUUUAAAACCCAGUAUAUAAUGUUCCUUGCUCUGGAAGUGAACUUCUAAACAUUGGCUUUUUGUGUAAAUUAAUUUUGCUUGUCCAGAAUGGGAAUUUGGGGUGAAUCAAGUUUUCUGCUCCUAAAAGUAGGAAGCAACCUGGAUUACAAACCUUCACCACUCCAAGUCAAAUGAUCUAAACAGUUUAUACAUUGAAAGCAGUCCCUAUUGCAAUCUGGUACCUUUUGCUAUUACUUAAUAUCCAGCCCAACUUGCUUCUUGAAUUGUCAGUGGCACUUGGACUGUUAGGCCCCAUCUGCAUUUAAAGCAGUAUCAUACCACUUUAAACUGCCAUCAUUUCCCCCAAAGAAUUCUGGGAAGUGUGGUUUGUUAAGGGUGCUGAGAUUCAUUAGUAGACCCCUUUUCUCCCUACAGAGCUACACUUCUCAGAGUGGUUUAGCAGGCAAUCCCUCUUUCCAGGGACCUCUGGGAAUUGUAGCUCCUUGAAGAAAAUAAGGGUCUUCUAACAACAUUCAGCACCUUAAGAAACUACAGUUCUCAGCAUUCUUCGGGGGAUGCCAUGACUGUUUAAAGGGGUAGGAAACCGUUUUAAAUGCAAAGUGCAGAUGGAGCCAAAGUCUCAUGCUGUAUUUUAACCUACCAGCUCUAGGCAGGCAUUCUACAGAGUCUGUGAUUUCAGGUAUUAAUCACAAUUCAGUUUUGAAACAAACGCUACAUCUUCAGGUGGCUUUCCUUUCUCAUGUUUGUAUUAAAAGAGAAGCUAAUAAUAAACUCUAUUUUAAUUAAGAUCAGGUGGAGUUAGUGUGCUUUGUAUGUCUCUGUCCCAAGUUUCUUGGAUAAAAAUGUUCCUUGGGAGGAAAUGUAGAAGAGCCCUGAACCAAGGUGAACUGAAAUAGCCUUUAGUGGUGCCUGCUAGAUUGCAUCCAAUGUCUCAAUGUUACCACAAAAGUUUUCUGCCUGAUUUUUCAGUCCAGAAGACUCAAUCCAGAGCAGUCUAUGCUAAUCAAACAAUGAAAUCAGUAGUACCAAAUCAACGACACACAACAGCC